AGGGAGCAAGGCGUUGCCUAUAUAGUCUCAAUCCUUUUAUCUGCUUCAAUCCAUGGCCUAUAAUCUCUCUUAAGCACAAAAACUCACUCUUUUCCGCGUAUUUUAAGUAAGACCCAUUUGAUUUUAAUCAUUCUCAGAUAUCCAGAACGUGAAAACAGAUCGAUUGUCUAAUCUGAUUAGACUAUUCUUUCUGAAAAAAAUGUCCAAGAUAUCUGUGCUCUGUUGUUUCAUCGUUCUAGCUGCAUUUGGGCUUGUCAAUGGCUAUGCAGGAAAGGAACAGAUUGGGUUCUAUCAGCUGAAGAAGGGUAAUAUCUCUGUCAACUUGACCAACUGGGGUGCAACCAUUGUCUCACUUCAUCUCCCUGACAAAAAUGGGAAGCUAGCUGAUGUUGUUCUUGGGUAUGAUUCAAUCAAGGAGUACCAGAACGAUUCAUCAUACAUCGGUGCUGUUGUUGGACGGGUUGCUAACAGAAUUGGAGGCGCACAGUUUACUUGGAAUGGAACCCAUUAUAAACUAGUUGCAAAUGAAGGGAAUAACACACUUCAUGGUGGCUCUCGAGGAUUUAGUGAUGUUGUUUGGAAGGUGAGAGCGCAUAAGAAUGAAGGUCAUGCUCCUCGCAUUGUUUUCUCCUAUCUCAGCCCUGAUGGCGACCAAGGGUUUCCUGGUGCUCUCUUUGUCAUUGUCAGCUACACGCUCCUUGGGAACAGCCAAUUGAGUGUAACAAUGAAAGCCAAAGCUCUAAACAAGCCUACUCCAGUGAAUCUGGCUCAGCACACAUACUGGAACUUAGGUGGCCAUAAUAGCGGCGAUAUCCUUUCCAAUGAGGUCCAGAUCUUUGGAUCCCGCAUCACAGCUGUUGAUAGCCAUCUUAUUCCAACUGGAAAACUUGUUCCCGUGAAAGGAACACCCUAUGAUUUCCUCAAACCCCACAUCGUUGGUAGCAGGAUUAAAAAGCUACCAACUGGUUAUGAUAUCAACUAUGUGCUUGAUGGGCGGGCUGGCUUUAGGAUGAAGCCAGCAGCAGUGGUGCACGAGAAGAAGUCAGGAAGGGUGUUGGAGCUGUCAACAAAUGCUCCAGGUGUGCAGUUCUAUACUGCCAACUUUCUCAAGGAUGUGAAGGGAAAAGGUGGAUUUGUGUACCAACCACACGCCGCGCUAUGUUUGGAGACUCAAGCAUUUCCUGACUCAGUCAACCACCCCAAUUUCCCAUCUACAAUUGUGAGUCCUGGAUACUCUUACAAGCAUUACAUGCUUUUCAAGUUUUCAACUAAACCUUCAUCUUAUUAGUCAUAGAUAACAAGAAAGCCUUACAAGCUUACACGCUUUUCAAGUUUUCAACUCGGCCUUCAUCUGAUUAGUCAUAGAUAACAAGUUUAACCUUGUGAAUGACACAUCAAGAGAUGUCUGUUCUUUCCAAGCUUGAAGAUUGAAUCGUUCGAGCUUGUGUAAUGGUUUUUUGUUGGGUCUUCCAAUGCUUCAAUAAUGCUUUUGUGUUCUAGCUAUACAGAGGAUAUUGUAUUUGAACACCGGCUUGUUAUGUCUUUGUGGUUUGGAAUCUUGUUAUAAUUUCAUUUUUGGUCUAAGUAGCUAAUCUCUUAAAACUAA